AUGGAGAAAUCUUACCUGUGUGAAGAGUGUGGGUUCAGGACAGUUUUCCAGUCUUCACUAUCCCGACACAUGAGGAAGCAUACUGGUGUAAAGGCUCACAGGUGUGAAAUUUGCAAUUACCGGACUUCAAGGAGAGACUAUAUGGACCAACAUAUGGCUAAACAUAUGAAGGAAAAACCUUACAAGUGCGAUCAGUGUGACUAUGCUACUAAGAAACGUGUAGAACAGCACAUGGUUAGCCAUGGUGGUACCACUGAAAAACCUUUCAUGUGUGGAAAGUGUGGAUUCAGGACAGCUUUCAAGGCUUCUCUGUUGCGACACAUGAGGAAUCAUACUGGAGAAAAACCUCACAGGUGUGAGCACUGUAAUUUCCGUACUGCGAGGAGAGACUACCUGGACCAACAUAUGAUCAAACAUUCAGGUGAAAAACCUUACAAGUGUGAUCAGUGUGAUUAUUCUGCAGCAUGGAAAAAAUCUCUAGACAGUCACAUGGUUAAACACACUGGUAAGAAACAAAAACCUUACUAG